AUGUCCAAAGACGAUCCUCCUCCUAUGAAGAGUCCUCCCACCUUUCAAAUCAAGGUUGCCCUCAUCGGCAAUGUCUCGGCCGGUAAGACUACUGUUGUCAAUGCACUCUUUCGCGACAAGUUUGGGGAAGUCUCCAUGAAGCGAACCACUGCAGGCAUUAAUGAGUUUGCCAUUUCCAGCCGCAACGAAUGGGCAUUGGUAUCCGAGGCGCCUCGAGACUCUCAUUCGGUCUUGAAGGAAAUCACCCAAGACAACCUCGAGCUACGAACAAGUGAAGAAGUCAAGACCAAGCGCUUCGAAAUCGAGUUGGACGAAGCGCUAUGUGACAUGCGAAAGGAUACACAGCUUGUGGUUGUGGAUAUCCCCGGCAUCAACGAAGCUGACAUGAGCAAAAAGUACAAAAACUACGUUGAGAGUCACUGGAAUACCUUUGAUUGUGUAGUGGUGGUUAUGGAUGGUCGCCAAGGCGUCAACACGGAAGAGCAAGUCUCCUUGCUCCGCUUCGCAAAGAGCAACUUGGAAUCCAAGAAGGACGUGCCCAUUGUGAUCUUGUGCAACAAGAUUGAUGAUCAAGACGAUGAAGAACAAGAGGAACUAGUCCUGGAGGCGCAGCGUGAAGUCGAAAAGAUCUUUGGAGUACCAGAUCGACAGAAAAGUCUUCAAGAGAUCCUCAAAAAAUGUGUCUCCUCCAAACAGUCUGCAGACAGUACCGAGAAACAAGAGCCAACAGAUGAUCAUUCCAAACCUUCCGACCAGGUCUCGCCUGUAUUCAUUCCGAUAUCUGGAAUUACGGCAUUCAUCUUCCAGACUUGCUCCAACAUGCCUCUAGAACGAUUCCAUCAGUUUGAUCAGAAGCUGAUUGCCAAGCUUGGACGCGAUCGUAUUGGAAAGUCUCGAUGGAAGAAAUUGUCCAAAGAUGAAAGGAUCAAAGAGGCCCACGAGGCGGUUUCAGAUCCGGAAGGAUAUCAAGAAGGCAUGGCGGAUAGCAACUUUGACAAGUUCUUGACGGUUCUAUCGUUUCUUGUUGGCGGGAAGGGCAAUCAACAGAAGAUGAUUCAAGAGCAAAUUCGAGUAUCACUUUCAACGAUUUCAUCUGGUCCUGGCAUUGUAGAGAAGCUUGAAACUAUUUACAAGACAGCAAAGGCUUUGCCGUCGGAUGGCGAUCGUGUAAAUCCGUACUCGUCAGAGAUCAAGACAACCUUUUGGCGACUGUGCAAGGGAAUGGAGCAGACCUGCUUUGUGAAGGAUACAGCCUCGAAAUAUUUGGAUUCGUUUCUUACUCUUGCGGACGAGCUGAAAAAGUAUAGAGACUUUGCGUCGACAAUUGGUUGGGAUAUCGAAGCCGAUACAUCGAUUGCCUUUUUCAGGCGUGCAGUCGGUCGCUUCUUGGAAAAUAUGGAUAGUACUCCUGGUUUUGCUGAGGAUCUCAAAGCUGUUCGCUGCGUAAUGAAAGAGAUGUCCUCGGAGGUAGAAGAUUCACCUACAGAUGAUGUCAUAAAGCAAACAUUUGAUCGACUCUUUCAUGCACUUUCAGAAGAAAAGUUUGCUGAGUUUACUUCUACCGAUACCGUCCGCCAGCUUUCUGGCUUGGGGGAUGAACUGGUCGUCUACAACAAGCUUGCGACAGAGGCCGGCUGGACAAAGGAAGAGUUGAAAGUUGCUGUAAAGUUCAAGGCUUUGGUGCUCAGGCAGAUUGGCUCCCUCUGUGAGCUAGCAUCCAAGUGGUGUAAGCAACAAGGUUUUGGGUACUCAAACUACUCGAAAUCGACUUCUUUUGCUGCUUUGUCGUGGCUUGAUUGGAAGCUUGUUCUACGCUCGAUCUUGUUGCUUCGGCACUACGAUCGUCAAUUUUGCCUUGAUUUCGGCCGUGAAAUGGUUUUGAUAGAAUGUUUGCUCGAAAGUGAACCAGAAUGUGGUGCGAUUGUGAGUGGCGAGGAGUGUCUUUCAUGCCACUCGCUUUUGAAUUUCAACAGAAUAUGCCCUAGCUGCAGGAUACCUGCAAUUGUGAAGGGCAAUGGGAAACCAAAAUGCUUCCUACCAAAUUGCAAUGGCGAGACCCACCCAAUUUGCAAAGGGCUCGUUUAUCAAUGCCGGUGUGGUAGGCGUACUCUGUACAAUCUUUUCGUAAAGCCGGAGCAAGAAAAGAAGCACAUGUGCCCUAGUUGUUUGGGCCAGGUGUUGGACUACAAUCGUCGGUGUCGGAACUGCCAUGUUCUGUUCUAUCCUCAAAGUGACGGCAGGCCCGGGACGUCGGCCACCAUCGUUUGUCCAUUGGGUUGUUCACACAUCGAUCGAUCAACUGGAAAAUGCAACAGUUGCGGAAUUGUUUGCAAACCAUUUCCGAGUUUGCCACAGGGAGGUGUGGAACUGCGGUAUGGUGGGAAUGGAGUCGAACUAACAGGGAGGCAGCAUUCUAUUGAUAUUCCAUCAUCACUAUCCGAUCCAAAUCAUUUUGGCCACUUGGCUUGGCAGUACUGUGAAUUCAAGGCAACGGGGGGAGUUGAACGGGAACCGGACAGCAAUAUGGAUGACGCUUCUUGUAAGCCACCGAAAAGCUCUGAUGGGAUUGCAGCAAGCCCAGCCUUAUUCCAAGCGAGUGGUUUGACAUUGACCAAAUUGCCCACUAAUAAUACUGAUUUUGGUGGUGGUGGUGGUGCUGCUGCUUCCGGUACAACAUUGCCAAAAUCGCCGACAAAUCUGUUUGUCUUUGGUGGUGGGGGUGGUACAACAUUGCCAAAAAUGCCAAAAGCGCCAACGAAUCCUUUCGCCUUUGGUGGUGGUGCUGGCAAGCCAUUGGCAAAAUCGCCCACGAAGCCUUUUACUUUUUCUUUCGGUGCUGCUGCUGCUAGCAAUGAAAAUGAAACCAAGUGGUGUUGA